AUGGGGGAACUUACCUCGCCUUCCCUCCUUCUCCAGGCCGCAUUCUCCCACCGCAGAGACUCUGUUUCCCUUGUAGCCUUAUCCAAUUCACUUUUGCUCUUCUCUUCCCUCAACCUUGCUGCUUCCAGCGCUCCGCGCAGUGACGCCAGUUGCGUUUGUGCGGAUACAGUUACCGUAUUCCCCGAAUUCGCAAAAUUAGGUGUGUGGUAUAAUGACGAUGGAGAUGGUGGCGGAUGGGCUGAAUUGGACGAGUUGGGUGUACCUGGCCUUCCAUUCCCAUCUCGCGGAGUUGGAGCACGGCGGGGCCCUCCAGUCGAACCGGAGGCGUUGGUUGCCUGCCUCGCCGGCAGUGAUGCCAAGCCUGAAGGCACCCUUGCGUGUUUGGUGGUCUUGCCUUUCGAGUUGGAUGCGGCGGAGGAGGACGAGGCCCUAGAUUGCGGUCUCGAGAGUGACGAAGCCGAAUUCGCCCCACUGGUUGAAUAG